AUGGGUUCGAUGUGCUCAACGCCGGAGUUGCUCGAGCAGCAGAAGAUCAACACGCAAAUCGAGCGGCAAUUUCGACGCGACGAGGAUCGCGAGCUCGGCAAUCAGAAGCUUCUGCUUCUCGGCACCGGCGAGGGCGGAAAAUCGACGAUCCUCAAACAGAUCAACAUUCUUCACAACAACGGCUACACGCACACGGAUCUCCAGAAUAUGGCGUGCCUCGUCUACAGUAAUACCAUAAAUGGAAUGGCGUUGAUAUUGAGGGCGAGAGAAGCGUUCAUGUACACGCUGUCCAGCGAUGAGCUCGAGGCAUCGUCGCGAUUGAUCCUCUCGAUCGCUGGAAGCGGCAAAGACAUGAUGCCGUUCGCCGAUCAGACCUACAAGGCGCUCAAGUCGUUGUGGGCGGAGCCGAACGUUCGGAAGACGUAUGAUCGACGGAACGAGUUCCACGUGGCCGACUCGUUCGAAUAUUUUAUGGACCAUUUAUAUCGAGUCAAUGAUCACGCCUACAUUCCGACCAUCGAGGACAUCCUACGGAUUCGGAUUACGACGACUGGUGUCGUCCAGACCACCAUCAAUAUCAAAGGCACAUUGUUCAGAAUUUUCGACGUUGGCGGUCAGCGAUCCGAGCGGCGAAUAUGGAUUCAUCUGUUCGAUGAUGUCCACGCGAUCAUAUUCAUCUCGGCGAUCAGCGAGUACGAUCAGACGUUGAGCGAGGACUCGAAGACGAAUCGCCUCAAAGAGUCGCUGGACCUUUUUCGGCAGAUUUGCUCGUCGCGUUGGUUCCUCGAAGCGUCCAUCAUCCUAUUCCUGAACAAAAAAGACAUAUUCGCCGAGAAAAUCAAAAAAACCAACAUUCGAGUGUUCUUUCGCAAUUAUGAAGGCGGCAAUGGCUAUGAGGAGUCGAUUCAGUAUAUGCGGCAGCAAUUUGAGAGUUUCGUCAAAUGCGACACGUUGAAAAAGAUUUAUUCGCAUGUCACUUGCGCCACCGACACCAAUCAGGUCGACCUUGUCAUCGAUUCGGUCGUUGACAUGAUAAUUGGCAAGAAUUUGCGCGGCACUGGAAUGGAAUGA